GCCUGCGGCUCCGCCUCAGCCCCCCGAUCGCGGGGCCACCUGAGGGCAGGUCCAGGGGACCCUGGGCCGGACCCAUGGACUCGGCCGAGGUGGAGUUCCUGGCCGAGAAGGAGCUGGUCACCAUCAUCCCCAACUUCAGCCUGGACAAGAUCUACCUCAUCGGGGGGGAUCUGGGACCUUUUAAUCCUGGUUUACCUGUGGAAGUACCUCUGUGGCUGGCAAUUAACCUGAAACAGAGGCAGAAGUGUCGGGUGAUUCCCCCUGAAUGGAUGGAUGUUGAAAAAUUGGAGGAGAUACGAGAUCAAGAGAGAAAAGAAGAAACAUUUACUCCAGUGCCUAGUCCUUACUACAUGGAACUCACCAAAUUGUUGUUAAAUCAUGCUUCGGAUAACAUCCCCAAGGCAGAUGAGAUCCGGACCCUGAUUAAGGAUAUGUGGGAUACUCGAAUAGCUAAACUCCGGGUAUCUGCAGACAGUUUUGUCAAACAGCAGGAAGCACAUGCCAAGCUGGAUAACCUAACUUUAAUGGAAAUCAACACUACUGGAGAAUUCCUCACACAAGCCCUAAAUCACAUGUAUAAACUCCGCACAAACCUCCAUCCUGCAGAGAGUGCUCAGUCUCAGGACUUUUAGAGGAAAAUGUAGAAAGAGAGACAAGACCUCCUUAAAGUUUUGGAGUCUAGUUUGGUCCCUUGUCCACUUUUCAGGAAUGAACUUCCUAGAGUUGGCGAGUUCUCAGAAUGUCAGAAGAACAUGAAGAUGACACUGGGCAGAGUAUCUUCCUUUCCUUUUCAGGAAUAGAAAUAACAAGUGUGUGACUGAAUAUCAGUCAUCAGGCCUCCCUCAUUUUCAGAUGACGUCGUCCAGCCUCGUGUCUAUCUCAAAUAUCCCUGUUGCAAAACAACUUCUCCCUGGCAGAUUCUACCCUGCCCCUCACCCUCCUCCUGCUGAGAUGAAUGGCAGUACAGUGUUUAGAUGCUGUUAGUUCAAGAUUUUGGGAUUUACCCUUUUCUUACCAGCAGGAUGUUUUCCUUUUCAUGUAUAUUUUCAUAAGGGAUGGCACAAUAAUGAAGGUAUGAUUUGGAAUUCAUUCUAUCUACUUUAUUUCAUUUUCUACUGGCCUAAUGUUGUUAGACUUAGAAAGAUGGCACAUGGAGCGGUCUUACUGGAUUAUUACUGAUGUUAAUGUGCUGUGGUUUGCUUGGGUUCUUUCUAGUGAAACAUGGACCGAAAUCAACCCCAGAAAUGGUAGAAUGGCUUGGGGGUUAGUCAUCUGACUAAUGUGUCAACAUGGUUGGAUGAGCUAGACCAAUCAGUUUAUUAUUAAAUCAUUUUAAAGGCUGGAUUGAAUUGCACACAAAAUAAUACUUAAGUCAGUUGUUGGUCAAUAAACUUGGAAAGUCGUCUGUCUGUUUGGUCUUGAGCGUAGCUUUGCCUUUGCCUUAUCAGCCAGUAGGACUGUUAAUUCAAGGAAACAUCUUUAACCUGGUAAA